AUGCAAAAUCCUCUUCCUGAUGGUCAAUCUCAGAUCAAUAUCCUCCGGUCUAUAUGUAGCAUUAUGCAUCGUCUGCCUUUGUUUAACACCUUGUCCUGUGUUUCCAUCAGAGGGGUAUCCAGCAAUGACUUCACCGGUUUGGAAAAUCUGUGUAAAAAGAUUAUGAAGGAGAAGCAGCAGUUUGAGAGGUUGGAGAUCUCCAAAGAAACUCUUCUAGAGAUGUUUAAGUACAACAAGUUCAAAUGCAGAAUCUUAAAUGAGAAAGUGGACACUCCAACCACCACAGUAUACAGAUGUGGCCCCUUAAUCGAUCUUUGCAGAGGACCCCAUGUGAGGCAUACUGGAAAAAUUAAGGCUUUCAAGAUACACAAGAACUCAUCCACUUACUGGGAGGGGAAGGCUGACAUGGAAACACUGCAAAGAAUUUAUGGAAUUUCAUUCCCUGACACCAAAAUGCUAAAAAAGAAUGGGAGAAGUUCCAAGAGGAGGCCAAGAACAGAGAUCACCGGAAGAUUGGAAGGGAGCAGGAGCUGUUUUUCUUUCAUGAACUGAGUCCUGGAAGUUGUUUCUUUCUUCCCAAGGGAGCGUUCAUCUAUAACCAGCUGAUUAACUUCAUCAGGCAAGAGUACAGGAAGAGGGGCUUUCAAGAGGUGGUCACCCCCAACGUGUAUAACAGCAAGCUGUGGCAGACAUCCGGUCACUGGCAACAUUACAGUGAAAACAUGUUCUCUUUUGAAGUGGAGAAGGAGAUCUUUGCACUGAAGCCCAUGAACUGCCCAGGACACUGUUUGAUGUUCGACCACCGGCCUCGUUCGUGGAGGGAGCUACCACUGAGAAUGGCAGACUUUGGAGUUCUUCACCGCAAUGAACUGUCUGGUGCCCUCACAGGACUGACUCGAGUCAGGCGCUUCCAACAAGAUGAUGCCCACAUUUUCUGUGCCAUGGAGCAGAUUGAAGAAGAGAUAAAGAACUUCUGAAUUUCCUACGGGCUGUCUACGAUGUUUUUUUUUGGUUUUUUUUAAAAAAAUUAAACCUUUCCACCCGCCCAGAGAAGUUUUUUUGGUGACAUUGAAGUUUGGAAUCAGGCUGAGAAGCAACUUGAAAAUAGUUUGAAUGAAUUUGGAGAGAAGUGGGUGUUGAAUCCUGGUGAUGGAGCUUUCUAUGGACCAAAGAUUGAUAUUGAGAUUAAAGAUGCCAUCGGUCGUUACCAUCAAUGUGCCACAAUUCAGUUGGACUUCCAGCUCCCCAUUAGGUUCAAUCUGACCUAUGUCAGGUAA